GAAGGCAUGAUAUUAAUAUUUUUAAAUAUUAAAAACAAGGGGAGGGAUGGGGGAUUCGACCCUGGGCCUCCAAGAAUCUGGGUGGGAGCAGCUUCGCAUGGAAGCAAGGAAGAUCGAGAGCGACCCCGACGUCGAGCUCUCCUCAGUCGCCAAGCUCGCCUCUAGAUUCACUAAUUCGUCCUCCGGUUAUGGAGACACUGAAUCAACCAUUAUAGGAUCAAGCAGAUCAUGGAAGUCCAUGGAGAUGGAAAUCCAAUCCUUACUUGAGAAGCUACUGGAUGUUAAUUAUGCCAUGAGCCGUUGUGCUGCAUCGGGACCUACGACCUCACUAAACCAAAAACCCAAGUACAGAGACAUGCUUCACCAAAUCACACAGGAAUUUAAAAGAACUAAAGGGAACUUGGACUCCACAAGUGAGCAUGCUGAACUUCUUGACUCAGUGGUUAUAUCAGUGAAUCCAAGAUGAGCAAUGGUCAAAAUUCUAUAUGACCUAUGCUUUUGUAAUCAGUUGCUUUGUACAGACAUCAGGGACUAUGUCACCCAGGGUAAAUUUGCUACGAGAGAGAGCAGCAAUUCAAGGAAGCAUAAGUCAUAUUGAUGGGGUGAUUGGUCAAAGCACAAUUGACAAGAUCAGUUUUGGGAUCACAAGGGAUUUUACUCGGCGAUGCUCAAGGAAAAGUGAACCAGCUUGGUGACAAAUUUCCUGCGAUACGAGGCCUUAUACGUGUCCAAGCGGCCUCCUGUCUUGAGAUACUUGCUGUCAUCUUCAUGUAUGUUUGUUAUACUGGUUGCCUAAUUCUUUGGUGCUUGCAGGUGCCAUGGAAGCGUUCAAAAGAUACCAUUAUCCUCUCUGCAGUCAUUGCAGGCUGCACUCUCUUCACAAUUGUUUCCUGGCUAUCAAAAUGUUGGCUACAGAUGUUGAUCAGAAUUGCAAAGUGGACCAAUACAUAUGACAUGGCAUACCCUAAUUUUGUGUGUUGAUAUUAAAACAGUAGCAGUCUCGAUUAUUUGCAUCUGUUUCAGAACUCUGUCAGCAACCCACUGUACGGUGCUGGAAAUAGUUUGCAAUGUGAAUUAAAAGGUAAAACAGAGAAGUAUAUUAGCAGUCAACCAGUUUUGUUCUUCGAGCAAUCUAACAAAUGGGUCGUUAGAUUAAUCUCUGUGAACUUGUGAUUCAUGUAUUCAUUUUAUCAAUGCCAUUCUAUCUAAAAUCUUUCUUUUGA